CAUAACACUAACUCGUACCUGGCUUCGGUGGACAGGUGUCACUGACGAAUCGGGAUCCUACCAAAACGUGAAGAAAGGACAUACAUAUAUAUCAAGUUGACAAUACAGUGUCUAGUUGUAUCUGCGAUUGCUAAAUGAGAUCAAUACAGAAAAAGUCAUCUGAAAAGAUGACAAAACAAGCUUCAAGAUACAACUUCCGAAAAUAUCGGCAAACAAACUGGGAGGCCUACUUUGAUACAUCUUAUGACAAAAUGCAGGCAAAGAAACGUCCCAGUGUCCCUUAUGGGUUGAAGGUCCACAAUUACAAACGGAUCAUCGGACAGAAAUUUACAAAGGAUAAUCUAAUGUACCUCUUGGAAUGGGAUAAUUACCAACUAGCAGAAUCAUCAUGGGAACCCCGAUCGAUAUUACCAAAGGAUAUGGAGACCAUUUACAUGUACCCAGAUGUCAGUCAUGAGGCCCUCACUCUCGUGGCACGCCAGUUCGAAUCAGCUGUACAGCGUUCUCUGGCACGAAGUAUCAAGUACAGGUCGGUAAGCACUUCCUCGUUCACUAUGACCUUUCCUCUGGACCUAUUCCGGUAUGUGUUUGGUAGUAGUGACUCCGGCCGAGUAUACAGCAUCGCCAAUAUCAACGGCUUUAGUAGGCUACCAAUGAGCAGUGGCUGGUGGUAUUACAUCGAUAAAGCCUAUAAUCGGAGUCAGCUGACAUUCCCAGUGUGUAUUGAACCUAAACUGUAUAUGCGCAAAGUGUUCAAGGACAUUAAUGGCAAGUUUGAGUGGCGGAAACAACCAGUAGAGAAGGUCAAAGUAACCCCCUCCUGUAACUUGGAUAGAUAUUCAAAGACUGCUGAAACAACAAAACCAAUCGAGCAGGCUGACGUUAAGCCAUUAUCAACAUCUCCCGUCUAAGAUAAAUUACUUUCUGUGCUUAAAACAUCUACCUGUAGCUUUUCGAUAUCCAAAUUCGUACCGCUCUGUCAUGUCCUUCCGUCUGUCCAGUUUGACAGUUAUUCCAUACGGGUCCAUUUUCAUUUUCACAACAGUAUACAUCUACGUGUAACUACAUGCGUAUAAGUAUGUGGCAUGUGAUGUUCGCUGCAAUAAUCAGUUAUAUAUUGAGUAAAAUUACUGUAAAUUAAUCUUACAUUGUAACAAUAUAGUGCAGUUUUCUUUUGUUGUAAAAUGAAUGAAUACAGUCGUGUUCAUUCUCCCAGACCUAUGUUCUGGUUCGAGCACAGCACCCAUAUUGGAACAGUAAUUUGUUUUGCUACAUGUACCUGUUUACAGAUGUAAAUCGAAUGUACAAGUCAACUAAAGGGAGACAACUCUGUUUAUAAGACCUGGUUAAUCACGAUGCUGUCGCGUGGUAUAAUUAUGCACGUUUGAUGGAGAUCAAAUAGCAUCGGGUUAUUAAAAGUAAAUCGUUGUCAGUAUUUGUUGUAGAAACCCCGAACAUGUUGUUCUACACAUUCUGACCAUUAACUGAGAUUACAUAAAACAUACUUUAGCCGAAUGAAGUCUUUUUUUGAAGAUUUCUUUGAAUGAAUUUCUAGUCAGCUAAUAUUGUACGUAUAUUAUAUAUUAUUUUUCCGUCAAUGUUAUAUGAAAUAUUGUUUAUUGUAUAUAUUAAAAGUUAUGGAAAAAGAGAAAGAGGAAAAAGUAUAGAUUGAAUUAUUGUGUCAAUUUAAAGAAAUGAUAUGCAAAGUAUUUAAGGAACUAAUGCAGAAACGUAUUGUAUGUGUAUGUACUGUAAAUAAUCCACAUUACGCAUGUAUAUGCCUGUCCGGUUGUGUGAGUGUGAGGGUGUGUGAGGGUGUGAGUGUGAGGGCGUGUGUGUAUGAGUGUGUGUGAGUGUGGGGAUGUGUGAGUGUGAGGGUGGACAUGCAAUAAUGUCGCUUGUUGUGUAUUUUGGCGUGUGUAUAUAUGUAUAUAAAACAAGAGAAAGUUGAAUGAGAGCCUUCUUUAUGAGGUCAGUGUUCCAGUAAUGGCAAAAGCUAUAGACUAGACAAUAAAAUCGUUUCAAAAUAUUAGUGUAAAUAUGUCUCGUUCAGAUAUUUGAUGAAUGUACCUUAUAAUGUUUAAUGAAUGUAAAUGUACAUAAUGCUACGUCAUCCACGGAUGAGUGCACUACACUACCAAACACUAGUAUGUACAGCGUGUAUUGAAGUGAGAUUAAAAAAUAUAUAAGUGUAGUGUAUUGUAAUCAACCGUUGGUCUCCUACAGUGAUAAUGAGAAUGAAAUAAACUUUCGUCGAUAAAAGUA